AUGUCGACCGGGCCAUACGUCGAUCCCAAUGAUAUUCGCAAUGACUUCACAGUUGCCAUGUCAGCCAUGUAUCGGAACGAGGUUCCUCUGUACGGGGAUCUGGUCCGUAUCGUUCGCACAAUCAACGAAGACGCCCUAGAAAGUCGAUCUCAAUCCCAGAGUCCAGCAGAAAGUGCGAGCUAUGCGGCAUCGGAGCGUCUUGAUCUUGAGCGACACGGGGCGAUCCGGUUGGGAACGCCAUACGAGCUCAGAACUGUCCGCCGUCUCUUUGCCAUCAUUGGAUUGAAGCCCGUGGGUUAUUAUGACCUUUCUGUGGCCGGGUUGCCAAUGCAUGCCACUUGCUUUCGGCCAGUCGAAGGCGCUGCGUUGGCUAAGAACCCAUUCCGGGUCUUCACCACACUACUCAGGCCCGAGUUGCUUCGAGACGAGGAAACACGCAACCUGGCAAUGCGUCUCCUCGAUCGGCGGGAGAUCUUCAGCCCUGAACUUCUUGAACUUCUCGAUACUGCGGAACAAGACGGCAACCGUCUGAAUCGUCAACAAGCUGAGACAUUCGUCGCCGAAGCUAUGAAGACAUUUAGCUGGAGACCAGUAGCAUCGGCCUCCGAAUCCGAGUACCGAAAACUGGUUUCGGAACAUCCCAUUCUUGCAGAUAUUGCAUCAUUCAAGAGUUCACACAUCAACCAUCUCACCCCGAGGACGCUAGAUAUCACGGCUAGUCAGAAGCAGAUGAGUGCGGAAGGGUUGAAAGUGAAAGAUCGGAUUGAAGGCCCUCCCGCAAGAAAUUGCCCGAUUCUUUUGCGUCAAACUAGCUUCCUGGCACUUGAGGAACGAAUCAAGUUCCGGAACUCCGAGGGUCUCCUCGUAGAGGGCACACACAGGGCCCGAUUCGGCGAGAUUGAGGAGCGUGGAGCUGCUGUUACCGCUAAAGGGCGAAAGCUGUACGACCAACUGUUGGUGGCUGCCAUGGACAAAUACCGCGCCGUUUCUCAGACAAGCAACGCUGCCACAAUGGAUGGAAUACUGGCUGAUGUCUUCCAAGCAUACCCAGAUGACUGGGCGGAACUUCGAAAGCAGGACCUGGUUUAUUGCACCUACCAACUCACCGCAAAGCCUAGACCAGAUGUCUUACCACUCGACGCAUCCUUAGAAUCACUGGUCUCCGAGGGUUACUUGCAGCCGGAGCCGAUCACGUACGAGGAUUUUCUUCCAUUUUCUGCAGCAGGAAUCUUUCAGUCGAACCUUCAUCCCGGCUCAAAGGCAGAGGGCGUUCAGAAGCAGAUUGCUAUGUCGGACGAGGAAGGGUUUGAGCGGGCACUUGGAAGCUCCUUACUCGACGCGGAUGAGUUGUAUCUCAGGGCGCAAAUGGAGAGCUUGGAGCAAUGUGCGAAGGAGUCUGGCUGGGAAGUUCGAUUGUGA